AUGUCGGAUCCUCAAAAGUCUCCACUUCCACAUCCUGCAACAUCCGAAGAUUACUCUCCUGCAGAUCCAGAAAUUACCACACAAGAUGAUGGACCUGAAAAAAAUUACAAUGCCAAAGCAGAAGCUCUUAACCAUGCAAUCCAGGAGAUUGGUAUGGGUAGAUACCAGUGGCAACUCUUCAUUGUCAUCGGUUUCGGCUGGGCAAGCGAUAAUCUCUGGCCGAUCGUGACGUCUCUCAUUCUCGCGCCGGUCGCGUACGAAUUCCAAAUCGGCAAGGAGUCACUCCUCACGCUCGCACAAAACAUUGGUCUAUUGGUCGGCGCGGUAUUCUGGGGUUUCGGGUGUGAUAUAUUCGGUCGGACGUGGGCGUUUAAUCUCACUAUUGGUGUGACGGCUGUCUUUGCGUUGAUCGCAGCAGGGUCGCCCAAUUACGGGGCAGCAUGUGCAUUCGCAGCCUUAUGGUCUGUUGGGGUAGGCGGGAACCUACCCGUAGACUCUGCUAUUUUCUUGGAGUUUUUGCCUGGGUCGCAUCAAUAUCUUUUGACUGUUUUGUCCAUUGAUUGGGCGUUGGCGCAAGUUUUGGCGAACUUGGUCGCGUGGCCAUUACUUGGUGAUUUUACCUGCUCUUCAGCGGAGGGUUGUACCAAACAGAAUAAUAUGGGAUGGCGUUAUUUUUUGAUUGCUAUGGGCGGACUAGCGAUGCUUAUGUUUCUCGCGCGCUUUGUCUUGUUUACUAUCUAUGAGUCGCCUAAGUACCUCAUGGGUAAGGGGCGAAAUGCCCAGGCGGUUCAAGUGGUUCAUGAAGUGGCUCGGCGAAAUGGAAAGACUUCGGCCUUGUCACAAGAGGACUUGGAUGAGUUGGACCGGGCCCAUGGUGAGUCGUCGAACGGUGUACAAGCGACGAGUCUCGUCCAGCAGCGACUGAAAAAGCUAAAGUUCGAGCACGUUCGUGCCUUGUUCAACUCGCCAAAACGAGCCUAUUCGACGACUCUGAUUAUAUUUGUCUGGGCGUUCAUUGGUUUGGGUUACCCUCUUUACAAUGCCUUCAUACCGUAUAUCACUGCCCAAAGAGGUGCGGAAUAUGGUGAUGGAUCCACCUACACAACCUAUCGCAACUCUCUCAUUAUCGCUGUGAUGGGCGUUCCAGGAUGUCUACUCGGUGGAAUUCUUGUUGAGCUACCUCGCUUUGGUCGAAAAGGUGCGCUCUCGACUUCGACCGUAUUGACUGGCGUUUUCUUAUUGGCAUCCACAACUGCAUCCUCUUCCAAUGGACUACUGGGAUGGAAUUGCGCGUUCAACUUCAUGAGCAGUCUUAUGUACGCUGUGCUUUACGCGUAUACUCCCGAGAUCUUUCUCACCAAAGACCGCGGCACCGGAAAUGCGUUGACAGCAUCUGCAAACCGAAUCUUUGGUAUCAUGUCGCCCAUCAUUGCCAUGUUUGCCAAUCUCAACACUGCCGCGCCGGUAUAUGCCAGCGGAGCACUAUUCAUUGCCGCUGGUAUCCUUGUGGUGUUGAUGCCAUAUGAGCCUCAGGGCAAAGCAAGUCUGUAA